AUGAGCAAAGUCAUUGGAAUUGAUUUAGGUACAACAAAUUCAUGUGUGGCUGUAUUAGAGAGCGGCGAUGCCAGGGUGAUUGAAAACACUGAGGGAAACCGGACGACCCCAUCGGUUGUUGGUUUUACGAAAGAAGGAGAGCGUCCGGUCGGACUGGUUGCAAAAAGACAAGCUAUCACGAACCCACAAAAUACAAUCUUUUCGAUUAAAAGGUUCAUGGGACGGAAAUAUAACGAAAUUGGUGACGAUGCCUCCCGCGUGCCUUAUGAAUUAAAAGCAGAUAAAGAUGGCGAUGUCGCUGUAAAUAUUGAUGGCAAGGAUUACUCGUCCCCCGAAAUCUCCGCUAUGGUUUUGCGGAAAAUGAAGGAAACCGCCGAGGCAUACCUCGGAGAGGAAGUCACGAAAGCGGUUGUUACUGUCCCUGCCUAUUUUAACGAUGCCCAACGUCAAGCAACAGCAGAUGCAGGCAAAAUCGCGGGGUUAGAGGUCGAGCGGAUUAUCAACGAACCGACCGCCGCGUCUCUCGCUUACGGAUUGCAAAAUGAAGGCGAUAAAAAGAUUGCCGUUUAUGACCUCGGGGGCGGCACAUUUGACAUCUCUAUUCUUGAAAUCGGGGAUGGCGUUUUCGAGGUGAAAAGCACGAACGGCGAUACACACCUCGGUGGUGAUGACUUCGACCAAGCAGUAAUUGACUGGAUGGCACAAGAGUUCCUGAGUAGCCAAGGAAUUGAUCUCCGCAACGAUCCGAUGUCGCUACAACGCCUCAAAGAGGCGGCAGAAACAGCAAAGUGUGAGCUUUCCAGCGCGCAACAGGCUGAUAUUAAUCUGCCUUUUAUUACCAGCGAUGCCAGCGGACCGAAGCACCUUAACUUGACGCUCACUCGCGCAAAACUGGAGCAGAUUACGGACGACCUGGUCCAACGGUCGCUUGGACCUUGUCGACAAGCCCUCGCGGAUGCUGAGAUGCAACCCUCCGAUAUUGAGGAAGUCAUCCUCGUCGGUGGGCAGACACGCAUGCCGAAGGUUCAGGAAGCCGUGCAGCAACUCUUCGGUAAAGAACCGCAUAAAGGUGUCAACCCGGAUGAAGUCGUCGCAAUCGGUGCCGCAAUCCAAGGCGGCGUGCUUGCUGGGGACGAAGAGGUCAAAGAUAUUCUUUUGCUGGAUGUCACACCGCUCUCACUUGGGAUUGAGACGCUCGGUGGCAUGUUCACGCGGUUGAUUGACAAGAAUACAACUAUUCCUACGAAGAAAUCGAAUAUAUUCACGACGGCUGAGAAUAAUCAGACCUCGGUCGAUGUACAUGUCCUCCAAGGUGAACGGGAACAGGCGGUUUACAACAAAACCAUCGGACGUUUCCGUUUGAGCGAGCUACCUCCGGCUCCGAGAGGUAUGCCACAGAUUGAAGUAACGUUUGAUAUUGACGCGAACGGUAUCCUCAACGUGUCUGCUAAGGAUACUGCAACCGGUAAAGAGCAGAAGAUUACCAUUACCGCGUCCUCUGGGCUUACCGAUGCCGAGAUCGAUCAGAUGGUGAAAGAUGCCGAAGCACACGCCGAAGAGGAUCAGCAGAAACGGGAGGAAGUUGAGACUCACAACCGUGCGGAUUCUAUGGUUUACGAGACUGAGAAGAACCUAAAAGAGUUCGGUGACAAAGUAGACGAUGCCUCCAAGGAGAAAGUGAAUGCGGCUGUUGCCCGUGUCAAGCAGGCAUUAGAAGCGGGUAACCAUGCAGAGAUCCAAUCCACGACGGAGGAAUUAACACAGGUCUGGCAUGAGGUUUCUGCGCAGAUGUAUCAGCAGACAGCCGGUGCGGAUCCGGGUGCUGCUGCAGGAGAUCCGUCUGCCGCUGACGCGACAGCUGAACCCGCCGAUAGCGAUGUCGUUGACGCUGAAUAUGAAGUCGUUGACGAGGACGAGAAGAAGGAUAAAAGUUAG